AUGAUGCAGCAGAUCCUUCGGGACAUGUAUGUGGAGCCAGAGCUUCUGGCAGAGUUAAAUGAGGAACAGAAGCAGAUCCUCUUCUACAAGAUCCGUCAGGAGCAGGUGCGGCGCUGGAAGGAGCGUGAGAAUCAGGAGGAUGGCUGGGAGAGACCAGCAUUCAUGAAUUCAUCAAUGCCAGGUGGAAGAAAGAGGGUCCAGUGGCUCCAUGGUGGUGAUGGUGAGGUGUGGGUGUGGGUGAUGGGGGACGCUCCUGGAGACAAACCAUACGAGCAGAUCAUCAGAGAGCUGAUCGAGGAGAGAGCCUGGCGGCAGGCCCAACUAGAAGCUCAGGAGCUGUGGCGAAAGAAAGAAGCAGAAAUCAAGCAGAAGUUCAGGGACGCUGUAGCUAAAGAAAAGGCCCGACUGGUAGCAGGAAAGUGGAAGGAGGAAGCAGAGGACAGGAAGGCAGCUAAACGUGAGGAGGAGCGCAUAAAGGAGGAGCUGAAGAAACGAGAGGAAGAGGAGAGGCAGAAAGGGGAGGAAGAGGUACGACGUGUAGAGGAGAAAAGAGCAAGAGAGCUCUACAUCUCCCUGGAGCAGGAGCGAAAGAAAAGUGAACAGGAUAAUAAGGAGUGGGAGGAACAAUUGCGUCGCUCUAAGGCGGCAGACGAGGAGAUGAAGAAGAAGGCCCGGUGGGCAAGAGAUGAGUAUAAACGGCAGUCCAUCCGAGCCAUCGAGCAAGGCCAUGUGGCAGGCCUCAGCGGGCACUUCCAACAACAGCCUCAUGUUAUCAGGAGGCAUAGCGCCACCAUAGAGCAGACGGCAAAAUCGCCACCUUGCAGCGAAGACCGUCCUCGGCCCGGCCUCCAGCCUGCAGCUCCACCCCUGUACCGCCGGAGACAGAGUCGCAGACACAGCACCAUAGUGACCCAGCCGCUGAUGGACAGCCCUGCCUGGGUGCGCUGUCCUCGUCCGAGCUCCAGAGAGUCUGUCAUUUUAUGGUUCUGUGAAGACCAGAAGCCCAAGCGGGCUGGUUAUGAACGCAAUAGUGACACCAUCGCCCCAUGGUUUCAUGGAAUCAUUACCAGAGAGGAAUCUGAGAAGUUACUGAAGAACGAGGCUGAAGGAUCUUUCCUGGUCCGUGUCAGUGAGAGGAUUUGGGGUUAUACGCUGUCAUAUCGCACAGCCAGUGGCUUCAAGCACUUCCUUAUCGACGCCUCUGGGGACUACUACAGUUUUCUGGGAGUCGACCAGAACCGCCACGCCACUCUUACUGACCUCAUCAACUUUCACAAGGAGGAAGUCAUUACCACCACUGGGAAGGAGCUGUUACAGGAUGCAUGCAAACAGGCUUCAUCCUCUGGAGACUAUGGUGGACUGUUCUCAUAA